UUUUUCUCUUACUCAUGUAAAUUCAACAGUAUUGUAGUUAAAAUCUGGCUCCUGUUAUAAGUGACCUAAAUUUGAAAAAUGGAGAAAAUUGAGAUUUUUAAAAAAAGGCCAGGGACGAGUGACAAAGGAAAGGAUUAUGAAGAUGUGGUUCUCGCCAAUGUCGUACUAAGACUAUUAAACGACCCCAGAAUAAAAACGUUCCAAAUUUCAUCAAACGAUGAUGAUUUUGGGGCGUUUGAUGAUCUGGUCAUUAAACUUGCAUCGGAUAAGGGAAACGACAUUCAAGUUAAAGCGGUACAGCUGAAACACACCGAAAGGAAACUACUCUCUCUAGAAAAUCUGCGAACCGUAAAAGGAGAUUUCAGUAUUAGAAAAUACCAUGAAAGUAACACAAAAAUUAAGCAAAAAAUAGAUGAACUAAUUUUGUUCACAAACCGCCCGUUUAACCCUCCCGACAACGCAACAUUCCAACUUGAGGGCGAAGGAUUUUACGUCAAGCUGAUUAAACGAGAAGUUAGCUCAGACAUUUCAGAAAAUAUUAGUCACGUUUAUCAGUUUGUAAUAGUAGAUGAUCAAUCGACAGUAGAGAAUAUUCCUAGAAUUCAAGAAUAUCAGGAUUUUUUUCGCAAGUUUUUUCUCUAUACCGACCAAGAAAAUUGUGAUAUUCUGAAAAAAAUAACCGCUAACAAGUUCAAGACUACAUAUUGUUCAGAUGACGAAACAUUCGGUAAAUUCCUCAGAACAGUUUCUGAGUGGAACGCCCAAGAUGGGAAGAAAGAAAAGUUGGAUAAAAACUGGGCGCAGCUGGUACUUGCGCUGCACCUUCUGUCCUCUCAUACUGAGUGUCUAUCUUUCGGUCCAGUUAAUGACAAAAUGAAAAUUUUCCGGGAAGCGAUUUCCUUCUUUGAUGUCACACUGAUUGAAGACAAAUCAGUCGAAACGGUUAAGCAACUGUGGGGUGAUGUUGGAAAGGAAAAAACUAUUGACUUUAAGAAAUUAAAUAAAAUUCGAAGAAGAUAUCUACCUACUCUCGGACAUAUUAAUGACACCGACAUCGGCACCAUAGAUCCAAAAGCGUUCACUCAACUUUUGUGGCUAAUGGACGAAUGUCCAUUAAUUUUACGUGCAUGGGAAAAGAUGAAAAAUAUAAUACAGCUGUGUCCCGACAAAAAAUUCGUUUUGGUUGGCGGAACUAAAGAUGCAGAAUGGGUGAAAAAGUAUUCCGUCUUCCAAAAUCUGUCAGACUUGAGUUUGAAGCCCGAAAUUCGUAAAAAUAUAAUGCAAAAUUUUACCAUUUCGAUUCAGGGAAAGGGCGAACUUGAUCUUGUAACAUCGUUUGGCAAUAGCGAAGAUUUUUACCAAAAUGUUACAACUGAUAAUCUAUCUGAAAUGCUGAACGGUCCAUGCCGUAUAGGAGGGGAAAAUGAAACACUACCUGAACCGUAUAUAGAACGGUACAUUUCGCGAAAUGUCAUCGAUAAUACAUAUUUAGAAAAAGCUCACCAAAACACAAUUAUUAUUUUAAAUGGUGCUAAUAAUUUAGACAAGGUUAAAAGCAAACUCGAGAAAUGUGAAUUAAUUGACAUUAAUAACUUCUUAGUGAAACACAAUCAGAAUGGCGAAAAUGUAACAAAUAAUGACUUUAUUGUUAAUGAACCGAACUUUAAUAACAGAAAUUACGUCGAUAAGGGGAAAAAAAUUGGUUUACAUUCUAAUUUAAACAACAACAAAUAUAAUUUUAGCUCUGAUAAAUCAAGUUUUGCCAACAUAGUUUACGUUGGUACCAGACACUAUAAUGAUUCUGAACUUCAACAAAUUUAUAACCAGCACAAACAAACAAAACAGUUUCACUAUUUUAAAGUUUUGAAUGAUGGAAAGUUAGAAAGGCUAUGUAGCAAAGGUGAUGUUAGUGAUGUAGAGGCUUACAAAUUGCCCGACGAACAUCCUACCGAAGAAAAUGCCUUGUGGUCUUCUCGGUUAGAUUAUAACAUCAAUCUUAUAAUUGGAGAUCCGGGAAUGGGUAAAACCGAGCUAGUGAAAAGCUUAAAAAAUAAAUGUUCGCGCGAAUAUUGGACGGUUUUAAUUAGUGCCAAAGAUGUUAAUUUAUUUUUUCGCAAUCACAAUUUCUCUGAAGCAGAAAAUUGUUCAGAUUUAUUUGCAAAAUUCAUUACAAAUGAAAAAUAUGGGUCGCUUGAAAAACUAGAUCGAAACUUUUACGAAAUGUGUGUAAAGAAAAACAACGUAAUUUACUUGUGGGACGCACUCGAUGAAAUCUUAAAUGACAAUUUAGAUGCCGCUUUAAAUAUAAUUCUCGAUCUUUCAAUAAAAGGGUUCCCUCAGUGGGUUACUAGCAGACGACAUUUGAAAACCACUCUAGAAAAAAAAUUCAAUUUGUUGUCACUUGGUAUAAAUCAAUUUAACGAACGAGAACAAGAAAAAUAUAUCAGAAAACCUCUAAAAUCUUUUAAUUCAGAAACCAGCAUUGACGUAACGCUCGAAAAAAUCAAAUCGUCUUUUGCCAUUAUAGAACACAUAGAUAUACUAGGUAUCCCUCUGCAAAUAUUCAUGCUUACCGAGCUGUUCCGUGAAAAUAGCGAAAAAUAUUUGAAACUUAUGGAUAACACAUUCGUCUUGACUGACCUUUACGAAUAUUUUAUUCACGAAAAAUUUAAUAAAUUUUACAAAGACAAAAUUGGAUACGAUUUAAGAAAUCCCCAAAUGGAAGUUAUAGUCUGUGAAAAAAAACGAAAGGCUGCAGAAUAUUACGAACGUGUGUCCUUUAGAGUAAUAUUUAACGACGAAUUUAUGCAGCGAUUGAAUAUUGAUUACGAAAAAUGUGUACAAAAACUUUUACGAAAUUAUGUCUCACUGGGUCUUGUAAAUGACUUUCAAAAUGAUAUUCCACGUUUUGUGCACAGUUCGUUCGCAGAGUAUCUAGUUGCUAGAUACUUUUCAAACAAUAUUAAUAACUCUAAAGGUUUGAUUUCGGACAUAUUAUUCGACGCGAGGUAUAACAACGUUCGCUUUUUUUUUGACAUGUUGUUAGCCAAAAACUCAAAAGGUCACAUUGCCGUAUUGUAUAAACGUUACGAGUUACUUAAAUCGUACGACGACAAAAUUUUAAAACGCAAAGAUAUGGGUGGGAGAAGUGUUUUACAUUUAAUUUCCUCAUGGGGGCAAAGACAUCCGCGUGUAAAAGUAACGCGUGUAAAAGACAAGUGUAUUGUGCAUAAAAAUAGCAAUUUCGAUAAAAAAACGGAAACCAAAUUAUACUUUGAAACGAUAACGUAUUUGCAAGGAAAGAACGAUGCUGGCGAACGUGAUAAGUUGUUAGAUGCGACUCCUUUGUCUUAUGCCCGAAAAAGUGAGAGCCUAGGAGCACAAAUACAAUUACUACAAACAAAAAAGGAUGAGUUGAGACAAUCUCACGAUGACAUAAUUAAUGUUAUAUAUUAUUCUGCUCUACUGGGUUACGACGACUUGUGUAAACACUUCACAGAAGAAGAGUUGAAUAAUUUUUGGUGCGAAGAGGAAAUUAUUACUGCAGAAUAUGCUGAAACACCUCUGUGGCUGGCCUGUCAAAAUGGUAAUUUAAAAAUCGUUGAGCAUUUCGUAAGAUCUGGUGCUGACAUCAAUUGUGUUAGUACGUUCGGAGAUACACCACUUCUCGUAGCUUCUUUGAACGGUCACGAAAAAGUUGUCGAAUACUUGGCGACAGUCGGCGCCGAAAUCAAUCGCGCUAAUAAUUACGGUAGCACACCUCUUUACGCAGCUUCUUUUAACGGUCACGAAAAAGUUGUCGAAUACUUGGCGACAGUCGGCGCCGACAUCAAUCGCACUAAGAAUGACGGUCGAACACCACUUUACAUAGCUUCACAAAACGGUCACGAAAAAGUUGUCGAAUACUUGGUGACAGUCGGCGCCGAAAUCAAUCGCGUUAAUAAUGACAGUUGGACACCACUUCACAUAGCUUCUUUGAACGGUCACGAAAAAGUUGUAGAAUACUUGGUGACAGUCGGCGCCGAAAUCAAUUGCGCUGAAGAAAGGGGCAUCACACCACUUUUCGUAGCUUCUUUGAACGGUCACGAAAAAGUUGUCGAAUACUUGGCGACAUUCGGCGCCGAAAUCAAUCGCGCUGAUAAUGACGGUCGAACACCACUUCACAUAGCUUCACACAACGGUGACGAAAAAGUUGUCGAAUACUUGGUGACAGUCGGCGCCGAAAUCAAUUGCGCUGAAGAAAGGGGCAUCACACCACUUUUCGUAGCUUCUUUGAACGGUCACGAAAAAGUUGUCAAAUACUUGGCGACAUUCGGCGCCGAAAUCAAUCGCGCUGGUAAUGACGGUUGGACACCACUUCACAUAGCUUCACAACACGGUCACGAAAAAGUUGUCGAAUACUUGGCGACAUUCGGCGCCGAAAUCAAUCGCGCUAAGAAUGACGGUGCGACACCACUUUUCAUAGCUUCUUUGAACGGUCACGAAAAAGUUGUCGAAUACUUGGCGACAUUCGGCGCCGAAAUCAAUCGCGCUAAUAAUGACGGUCGAACACCACUUCAAAUAGCUUCACAAAACGGUCACGAAAAAGUUGUCGAAUACUUGGCGACAGUUGGCGCCGAAAUCAAUCGCGCUGAUAACAACGGAUGGACACCACUACACAUAGCUUCUCGAAACAGUCACAAAAAAGUUGUCGAAUACUUGGUGACAGUCGGCGCCGAAAUCAAUUGCGCUGAAGAAAUAGGCAUCACACCACUUUUCGUAGCUUCUUUGAACGGUCACGAAAAGGUUGUCGAAUACUUGGCGACAGUCGGCGUCGAAAUCAAUCGCGCUAUUAAUGACGGUCGGACACCACUUCACAUAGCUUCACAAAACGGUCACGAAAAAGUUGUCGAAUACUUGGCGGCAUUCGGCGCCGAAAUCAAUCGCCCUAAGAAUGACGGUGCAACACCACUUUACAUAGCUUCUUGCAAUGGUCACUUAAAAGUUGUCGGAUACUUGGCGACAGUCGGCGCCCAAAUCAAUCGCGCUGAUAAUGACGGUUGGACACCACUUCACAUAGCUUCACAAAACGGUCACGAAAAAGUUGUCGAAUACUUGGUGACAGUCGGCGCCGAAAUCAAUCGUUCUGAUUAUAACGGUGAGACACCACUUUACCUAGCAUCACAAAACGGUCACGAAAAAGUUGUCGAAUAUUUGGCGACAGUUGGGGCCGAAAUCAAUCGCGCUGAUUAUGACGGAAAAACACCUUUUGACGUGGCUUCCGAAAAAUCGUACAAAAAUAUUGUAAAAUGUUUAACAAGAGCCGGCGCUCAAACCGGGCACCAUUCCUUUACAAGGAAACGGCCCAACAGAAACUUCCUCAAACGGUCCAAAUGCAGUGUAAUGUAGUAAGCAGAAUGUUCUUGUUUGAGAAUCGUGUCUGAUUAAAACGGACGAUGUAUGAAGAACAAUGUUCAAAAAACUAACCUAAUUAUAUCCCAAAGAAUCCGAAGAGAAAUUGCAGUUUAUUCCGAGGUUUUUAAUUAAUUUAAAUAAUGAUUUAAAGUCUGUAAAUUGUUAUCGUAUCCAGAAACAAUAAUUUGUUCUUGUGGAAAAAUAUUUUAACAUGUUUGGUUUGAAUUUGAACAUGGUAUGAGAUAGCUCGCCAUAUAAUUAAAAACCAAAAACUGGGAACAGAAGCUCUGCGUAGCACUAUUAUAAAUAUUUGCACCAUAUCAAACGUAUCGUCUACCCGGACGAAUGUAUUCACCUAUUCCAGUAUCCUUAAUUAUAAGUUGCGGCGUUAACUGUAAAAUAAAACGUUAUAUUCUUCUUACACUUGUUGAAAACUCUUCUACAUCACUUCAUCCCCUCAGCCUAGUCGUCUGGUCACGAGUGAUUACAAAAUAUUCCAUUAUUUGUAACUCCAAUACGAAAUUGUAACCGAUAAAUGUUAAAUUUAAAUGAAUUUUAAUUUUUGAUUUUAAACAAAAAGCAUGGAAAAGUUAUUAAUGUCGCUGACAAUCGCCGAUAAAACAAAAUUUUUAUAAAAAACAUGCAUAACAAUUAUUGUGUUUUGUCUAUUAUUGAAUAAAAAAAACGCGAUGCAUGGUACCGUUUAGUAUUUCUAUUAUUUACAAAUUUGCUGAAUCGAUUUGUAAGAAAUUCGGAGAGAAGGAUACCACAACUAAGAAAUGGAAAUAUUUUUAGGACAUUUUAAAUUACGGCUGCAAAAGAAUAAUUCAGUUUAUUUAUAUCGUCUACGCGUCUAGGUCCAUUACGAAAUCCAACACAAUGUGCGAAGUAACGAAGCAUUCUAACAAAAUUGGAUGUAUUAAUUGGAAUUGUUAAUAAAACUCUUACAAAUAUCAAGAGGACAAGAACUGAUGCUUAGAUAAACUGACGCAAGAAUUGUGAUUCCUUGAAGCAACGUUCGAAUACAAGACUAAACUUACCAAAUGUGUAACUUAACAGACAAAUUACCAGCCUUAGCAAUCACUAGCGUACAAAUUUUAAGCAGCGACAUUUCUCAGAGAGUUCAUAAACAUCCUAUAUUCCAAAAAAAUUAUGGCCUACGAGGUUUUUUUGUUUCAAGUGUCAAGCAUGAAAAAGUAUUUCCAAAAUUGUAAUAUGCCGUCUUUUGUAUUCUACAAAAUCUAUCACAGGGCCUCAUGAAGGAAACAUGGUCUCAACAGAGUUUGGACGAUCAUUUUUUCGUCCCAAAAAAUGAAGUAUUUCUAUAAGGUAAAUUUUAGAAGAAGAAUUCAACAAUUUAUUAAGAAAGAAAUGAAAUUUCCGCAACAGCUACAAAUGGUUUUUGAUGUAUUUUUGGACCGUGACAAGCGCACAACGUAAAGUUUGGGCCUUGGUCUAGACAAAUUUUCUGAUGAAAAGUUGGAAAGGAUCACCAAGAUAAUACAUGAUUUUUCUCCUGAAACUUAACAAUGGUUUCUCAACAUAAUUGUCUUCCAAAAGUAAAUUGGCAGAGGAGUCGAAGAAAAAUCAAGAGUCAAAACGCCCCAUCAGUGUAAUCCAGAAGAAAAUCAAAUUUGCAAACAAGUGUCUCACGUUUAUGUAAAAAAAAUAUAUAUCUAAAGUUAGUGGUAUAGUUAUCUUAAAAACCAUCUUCAAAACAUAUUUGUUUUUAAUAUAGUUACAUUUGUCCAAUUUUUCUCAUUUUUGUAACAACCGAACUGGCAUGUUUAUUAAAUUUAUUAUAAUUAAUUA